AGUCAGAAAAGUGUUUUUGCACAACAUUAUAAUGUCACUUUUGACCUUUGUACUCUUGGAUAUAAAAAUGUCAGAACUUCAUCAUUAUAUGAGACGUUUGUGUGAAAUGUGAGAAGGUGUGGUACUUUGCACUCUAAUAAAUGCAUGGUAUGAGAGGCGGAGCAAAAGUCAGCAGGAGCUGUUUUAAACCAACAUGACACUCCGGAAAUGAAAGUGAAAGUUUGUAAACUAGACCGGAGCGCUGCAGUGAAGACACGUCUGUCUGUUUCUCUCUGAAGUACAAAAAGUGAACUAUUUCACGUCUCUGCACACUGAUAUGGCUGCUGCCGGCACGUCGCUCUGUGAAGAUCAGUUUCUGUGCUCCAUCUGUUUGCAUGUGUUAACUGAUCCAGUCAGCACACCAUGUGGACACAACUUCUGCAAGAAGUGCAUCACUGAACACUGGGAUAGUAAUGUCCUUUAUGACUGUCCCAACUGCAACAGAAAUUUUGACACGAGACCUGAGCUGCAGGUUAAUACUUUUGUCUCUGAGAUGGUUGCUGACUUCAGACAGUCAACCCAACAAAAAUGCAGCAGCUCAAAGCAACGAGCUGCUGAACCAGGACACGUUCUCUGUGACAUCUGCAUGGGAACCAAACUCAAGGCUCUGAAGACCUGCCUGGUGUGUUCGGUCUCCUUCUGUGAGACUCACCUGGAGCCUCAUCUGAUAGAGUCACACCUGAAAAAUCAUCAGCUGAUCAACCCUUGGGAGAAACCUAAGAGAAAGAAACGUAAGAAGCGCUCUAAACCUCUGGAACUGUUCUGUAGGACCCACCAGACAUAUGUCUGCACGAUCUGUCAUGUCUCAAACCACGAGUCACAUGAAGUUGUUCCUCUUGAAUAUGAAAGAAAAAAAGCCAAACUGCAGAAGACAAAGGCGAAAAUUAAUUAUGUGAUUAAGGGGAGGCAAGAAAAGAUCCAAGAGUUCAAACAUUCGAUCAACACCAGCAAAGAAAGUAUGGACAGAGAGCUAGCAGACAUCAGUCGUGUCUUCACCAAGCUCAGGAAGACUCUAGAGAGAAAAGAGGCCAAAGUCAUUAAGAAGACUGAAGAAAAGCACCGAAUGACAGAAAAACAGGCUGAGGGCUUCAUAGCAGAGCUGGAACAGGAAACCUCUGAGCUGAAGAAGAGAAGUGCUGAGCUGGAGCGGCUCUUGGACUCAAAAGACCACGUUUACUUCCUCCAGAACUUUCCAUCCACGAAAAGCCGCUUCAAGAAGUGGACAGAUGUCAAAGUCUGUCCUCCUUUAUAUAAGGGGGAUGUUCAGACAGCUGUUGCUAAGAUGCUGAAAAAGGAAACGAAAAGGUUUCUCAAAGAGACCAAGCUGAAGACAGUCCAGCAGUAUGCGGUGGAUGUCGCUCUGGAUCCUGAUACAGCAAAUACUCAACUCAUCCUGUCUGAAGAUGGGAAACAAGUACAUCACAGUCCUUUGUGGAAUAAUCUCCCAGAUAACCCAAAGAGAUUUCGUACUGGUCUCUGCGUCUUAGGGAGGCAGUUUGUGUCUUCAGGAAGAUUUUACUUCGAGGUUCUGGUUAAAGGGAAGCCUAACUGGGGUUUAGGAGUUGCCAGUGAGUCAGUCGACAGAAAGGGGCGACCCACCUUUAGCCCUAAGGGUGGCUACUGGACAAUCCGUUUGAGAAGACAAAAUGUCUACAGUGUUUUUACAGAGACCCUUGUCGAUCUGUCUCUGAAGUCGAAGCCUGAGAAGGUCGGGGUGUUUGUAGAUUAUGACGAGGGUCUGGUCUCCUUUUAUGAUGUUGAUGCUGCAGCUCUUAUUUUCACCUAUACUGGCUGCUCCUUCGUGGAAAAACUCUUCCCAGUCUUCCUUCCUGGUGCAAAUCAGGGUGGUAAAAAUGCUGUCCCUCUGAUCAUCUGUCCUGUCAACCCUACUUAAAUACAAAAACAGUUUUCUGGGAGAAGACUCACGUUGAAUUAAGGUAGAACUUUAUCAAUCCUGAAGGAAAAUCUCGCAAUUUCCACUUAUUAAUGUAACAAAUUCCACAAUUUAGUGGUAAUGAACAGUGUUGAUUUCUUAUCUUCUGAUUAUAAUUAUGUGGAUUUUGCUAUCUGUAUUGAGGUUGUACAAUAUGAAAAGCUACAAUAACCGCCUUGCGUUUGUAUGUGUCUACACACCAGUCAAGUGGCACUUACAGUUUAAAUCCACGUCUGUGAAAACAUGAAGGCUUCACAUACAUCUUCCCUCGGCAGCGCAGAAGAUUAUACAAUCAGGACAGUUUCAUGAUUACUGUCACCAAUUCAGUAUCUGACCAAAUGUCUCUCUUUUUGUUCUGUCAAUAGUCAGAAAAGUGUUUUUUGCACAACAUUAUAAUGUCACU